GGUCAUACUCAGGCGACCAGUGCCCUUGAGAUCUGGCUGAAGCUCCGUGCAGAACAGGAUUUUCCCUGGAUGGGAAAUACCAGAGCCCGACCCACAGACCUUUCCCAGGGCUCCAAGACACUGACCCGCCACAACAGGGACCCUCGGGCAGGAGAUUGGCGCCAAAGGGGCUCCAGGCCCCCACCCCAUCCUGGGGCCAGCUUCCUCCAGCAGGCACCGCCCCCCCCAAGGGAGUCCCUCUCCAGGCAGUUCUCUCUGCCCGCUCCUGUGGGUGUGGUUUCUGACAGCUGGCUUGGAGCUGCUUUGUCCCAGUCACCAGGAACUGGUCAUUUCUACCCUGGCUCCGAGCUGGAGGGUUCUUCUGGGCCAGCUGUCUUCCCAGCUUCUUGAACAUGGCUCUCAGGGAGAGACUCAGGACCUGGAAGAGAAUCUUCUGUUGGCUGAUCCUCCUUGCGCUGGGCCUCCUAGGGCUGCUCCAGUAUGGGCUCCCCAUAGUCAGGCAUCUGGAAGCCCUCAUCCCCAUGGGUGUCUGCCCUUCUGCCAGAAUGACCCUGCUGAGAGACAACUUCACGGGUCUCCUGAAUCCCUGGGCCCGGCCUGAUGUUCUGACCUGUACCUCCUGGGGGGCCCCCAUUAUUUGGGAUGGCACCUUCGACCCAGCUGCAGCCCAGCAAAAAGCUCUACAGCAGAACCUCACCAUUGGUCUGACUGUCUUUGCUGUAGGCAGGUACCUGGAGAAGUACCUGGCCCGCUUCCUGGAGACAGCUGAGCGGCACUUCAUGCUGGGCCAGCGCGUGGUGUACUACGUGUUCACCGAGCGCCCGGCCGCCGUGCCCCGCGUGGCUCUGGCGCCUGGCCGCCGGCUGCGCGUGGAGCGCGUGGCCCGCGAGCGGCGCUGGCAGGACGUGUCCAUGCAGCGUAUGCACACGCUGCACGAAGCGCUGGGCGGGCGGCUGGGCCGCGAGGCGCACUUCGUGCUCUGCAUGGACGUGGACCAGCACUUCCGCGGCGCCUUCGGGCCCGAAGUGCUGGCCGAGUCGGUGGCGCAGCUGCACGCCUGGCACUACCACUGGCCGCGGCGGCUGCUGCCCUACGAGCGCGACGCGCGCUCCGCCGCCGCGCUGGCGCCAGGCGACGGCGACUUCUACUACCACGCGGCGGUGUUCGGGGGCAGCGUGGCGGCGCUGCGCGGCCUGACGGCGCACUGCGCGCGGGGCCUGCAGCGGGACCGCGAGCGCGGCCUGGAGGCGCGCUGGCACGACGAGAGCCACCUCAACAAGUUCUUCUGGCUGCACAAGCCCGCCAAGGUGCUGUCGCCCGAGUUCUGCUGGAGCCCCGAGAUCGGCCGCCGGGCCGAGAUCCGCCGGCCGCGCCUACUCUGGGCGCCCAAGGAGUACGCCGCGCUGCGCGACUAGGCCCCGGCCCCGCCGGGCCAGGAUGGGGGCCCUGGAAGCCGUGCGGGCGCCCCGCAGGGCGGCGAGAGCUUGGACGCAAACAGCCCUGACCGCUUCGGCCAGGGGCCCGGCCGUGGGAUCGUGGCGGUGGGAGGAGGGCCGUGGCCUUUGGGGAGUUUCUCGCUGGGAGGGAAAGAUCCCCUUUCCCCCACUUUCUACAGGGACCGACGACGCCAGCAGCAGCGAAGCACACGACGAUGGGGCAGCAGCGCCUUGGCCAGGCUGCCUCUACACCUUUCCCCUCUGAGCUUACUGGAUUCGGCUGAUGCCUCCAGGAGAGCCCGUCACCCACCGCCAUCCCCAACCCCCUUUUUGAUAAGGAGACUGAGACUGAGACACGAAAAGGGAACAUAGCUGCCUGAGGACACAGAGAAUCUGUGAAUCAGUCUGGGCAGCAGCUGCACAGCCAGCCUUGGCUCUCGCUCUGAAAAGACAAUAGCUUCUGGGCCAAAAGGAGAAAGCUUCCGCUGCAGGAGAAACGUGGUGGCAUCUGAGUUCUUGGCUUUGCCCUUCCACCUCCCCUGCCCUCAAACACAGUUUGUACAUAUUUAAGUAAUAUUGUAAUAAAAUUAUUCCAAGUGUC